AUAAUAUCGAAUGUAGAGCUGUAUACUUUUUUCUGUCAGGUGGAAAAACAAUCAAUAACUUGGAACAACAAAGGCUUAAUGGCCAACGCUCCAUUGAGAGAGGACCAUGUGAUCAUGACAGUAAGAAAAAGAAGUUCACAUAUGAAGAUGUUUUAAACUUCCUAAAUCGGAACAAAACCAAGGAGUUGAUCCGACCUGUCAACGACUACAAAAAAGAAACAUGGGUCUAUGUCCAAAUGUCAAUUAUGGCAAUUCUAGAUGUGAGAGAGAUUGACCAGACUUUCGUUUCUUUCGUUGGGAUUUAUAUGAAAUGGGAAGAUCCGCACAUUUUUUGGAAACCAUGUCACUUUGGUGGCCUUGAUAAGAUGAGAGUUCCUGCAGAUAUGUUGUGGAAGCCAGAUCUAAUGAUUGAAGAGAUGAUAGAGAAGGACAAGGCUGUUCCAAAUGCCUUUAUCACCAUUAACUCAAACAAUCUCGUUGAAUAUGUGAGGGACCUUAUGGUGGUCAGCACGUGCAAGAUGCAAGUUUACAAAUUUCCUUUUGAUAUUCAGAGCUGCAACUUGUCUCUCAAGUCUAUCGGUUACCCAGAGGAUGAGUUGAAGUUUGAAGCCAUAGAAAACAGUACAGUGGUAACUGAAUGGACACGCCAAAUGAUGAGGAACCAGUUUGAGUGGCUUUUCAUCAGCAUGACAGUCAAGAACACAUCUGUCCGACAUUUUUAUCAAAACAAAAACGUUAUAAUUUAUACUAUCACGAUGAGGAGGCGUUCUGCCCUCUACAUCGCCAACUUCUUAGUGCCCAUCCUGUUCUUCUUCGGUCUGGACUUGGCCUCCUUCCUGAUCUCAGACCACGGGGGCGAGAAGCUCAGCUUCAAGGUCACUGUGCUGCUCGCUGUCACUGUGAUGCAGCUUAUUCUCAACGAGAUUCUGCCAGCCUCUUCAGACAGGAUACCGCUUAUAGCGGUGUACUGCAUUGGGAUGUUCGGUUUGAUAAUGAUCAGCCUUCUGGAGACGAUUUUGGUGAUGUAUCUGAUUGAGAAAGACUCUGCAUCUAAAGAAAAAAAGGCAGAUAAAAACCGCAGCCUGAGUGAGGACUAUGGAGACAAACAGGGCAACUAUGAUGGAGAUGUGAAGAAAUGGACUCACUGUGCUUGUGUGUGUAAUGUGUCUGAUGAACCGCCAUCUGUACUGCUGUCUGUGGCCAAAGAGGACAAAAGAAGCCAACUGAUGGAGGAGUCCAAUUCCUUGGAGAAGCUCCCAGAUGAGCUGAGUGAGGCGGUGAAAGCACUCUCUCUGUUCCUCAGCAGGAAGGAAGAAAGGAAGCCCGACUACUGGACCAAAGUGGCAAAAAAAUUGGACAUAAUUUUCUUUUUUGUCUAUGUCACAGUGUCCGCUCUGUUUUUGGUUGUCAUCUUUUCAGUAUGGAUCAAUGCAAAAUACGAGUAGUGGUAAACAAUUGGGGUCUAUUCAAAAACAUGUUUUUUUUAUCCCCCUAAAAUGUCUGACAUUGACUAAACCGACUUGUAUCUUUGCAAGUUUGUCACCAGAGAGAAUUGAUUAUACAUUCUUCUACUAAAGGCGCCAAAUAUCUGUGGAAUAAACUUGCAAAACUAAGAUUAAAUGUAUUUCGGGCAAACUAGAUUAAGUGUGUCACAAAUUCAAAAGCCAAUCAUAUCCACAGGGAAACAGUCUACUACAUUAACUAUUGCUUCAAACUGUGAGUCCACCAAGUGCAGGCAGUGAUGGACAGGUCAGGGCCAGAUCCAGCAUUUCUCAAUCGCUUACCCUAACCCUAACACUAACCCUAACCCUAACACUAACGAUCAUCUAAACUUUAUAUUGAUCAUAGCAACACAUUUUGACAAACUUUAAAACCUGUCUCAAGGCUGACUUGAUUAGGACAUUGCUUCAAUUAACAUGUUCUUUAACGCAUCUGUAUUCAGUCCCACAUCUGUAUUUUAGUUUGGUUGGCCAGAACCAACGUUUUAAACAAAACUCAUUGUUUUUUUUAAGAGGGGGUCGAGGGUUGAACUGACUUGUUAGGAAUCAAUGCACGAACCCACAGGGGGAAAUCAUUAAUCAUAAUGUAUUUCUGAUUAAUGACAGCAAGAUAUGCUAUGCUCAAUAAAGAGUAUGCAACCAUAUUACUAUUAUAAAUGUUAACUUAAAAUGGGCAGACGCUAUGCAUUGUAAUUAAUCUCCUACAUUGUGCUAUGUCACGUUACACAUUUUAAUCUGCCUUUAAUGUUGAUGUGCACUCAUAACACUGCAUGGAUCACUUGAUCAUUCAUGGUGUAACCGUACAAAGAAGUAUUGUAAAUGUAAUGGCAUAGCCUCUUAAUUGUUGAACAUUAAGAGAUUUUCCAAUUCUGCAAGUGAUUGUUUCUAGUCUGUAGAUCUUGUGAGAACUGUGUGCGCUCCCAUUACCUGUGCUGUCCUUUUCCUGUCAACUAUGCACCCUUAUAUACAACCUUCUGCAUCUAAUCACCAACCCUGUGUCUGGAAUAAUACUGCAUGAUAUAUCUAUCAUAAUGUUAUGACAUGCCAACAAUUAGCAUAAUAUAUCCUACAGUAAAGUUAUAGUAAUAUAUUACUUUAAUAUGUAAUGUUGUAGUGUCCAAUAAGUUCAUAAAAUGCAUCAUGAAAUAUAUUGAAAACUGUGAGUGUAGCUUCUUUGUGGAAAUGCUAUGGAAACACUUAUAUUUUCCAUCAUACUAAUCACGUAUACUUUUAUUAAGGCUUUACAUUUGUAUUUUCUUCUAUAGUUCAAGUCAUUUUAGCUUGUGGUUUUAAAAAAAGAAGUAUAUCUGCAUGUGUAUUUCAGUACAUAAUGUAUUACUAUUUACAUGAAAUAUAAAUCCU